AGCCUCGGGUAGGGCCCGGCGCGCGCUCUCUUCCCCGGAGGGCGGCCCGGGCCCUGGCGACCGCGGCCCUGGCGAGCAGAGCCCGCUUCGGCCCUGCACUCGAGCUGCUGCCAGGACAGCCCGCGCCGGCCCGGGCGCGCCCGGUGAGUGCGGGGCCGGCGCCACGAAGCUGGCUCGGCUCUGCCUCGGGCUCUAGGCCCAGAUGAGGGGCGGAGAGGGGGCAGUGUGGCGACUGGGAAAUCGGGGUACAGCCCAGACUGGAGGGCCCGGAGGAGCAGGCGAGGGACAGAGUGGAUUCGACAGCCCUCAGACUUGCGCCGGCAGGGGAAGCACAUGUGAGCCAGGUGCUGGGGCGGAGGUGUUCACAGAGCGCUGUGCGCAGCGACGAAUGUCCAGAAUUUCCAUGGCACUGGCUUUACAGAGCUGGUUAUGUUUGAGGUGGGUCUUGAGAUGAACAUGAGUUUGCAGGCGGAAGAGGGAGAGAUUGGAUCUUAAGGCAGGGGGAGUUGCAGGUGCCAGGACACAGAUUGGGGCAAGGAAGGGGUUUGGGUUCGUAACAGGAUAGUGACAGGAUAGGGGAUGAGGGUGGGGUGCAGGAGAUGAUCCUUGGCAGGUAAGCUGGGUCCCUGAGUAGUGAAGGCAUUGUCUGUGGUGCAGAGGAUUUGGACAUUUUUAGGUGGGCAAAGGUGAGCCCACCAAAAACUUUGAGCACUAGAAUGCUGGGUAGGUUACUGUGGGGGCUUUAUAGAGCAAGGCCUGAUGUGAAAUGGACCAGAAUCAGCCCCUCCAUGGUAUGGAGACUGAGAUCCUGAAUGAGGCAGUGGCUGGGAAUUAUAGGUCUUGACAGCUCCAAGUUAGCACUGUUUGUGUUUCUCAAGGAAGCGGUGGGAGAGAAAGGAAAGAAGGGCCGCAGGAGCUCGGGCUCCCAGAGAUAUAGAAAAAGGGGACCUUGAGACUGGGAUGUGGGUAAGAAAGAGCAGGGUGGGGUGUUAUAGAGAGUAUGCUGGGGUCUGGGAGUACGGGGAGGAAAGUCAGAAUUUGCAUCUGCCCUUUUGAUACAGGCUCCAGAGCAACCUGAGCGUUCUGAGGUGCCCUUAGCUGCCUCUUCGACUGGUGGCGGUGACUGGGAGGGAGAGAAGAGAAAGGGUCCUACACAGGGGCAGCAGGGGAGGCAGGAGUGAGGCUAGAAGGCAAUGUGAUGCAGUAGGUAAGAGCCAGAGUCAAACAGGCCUGAGUUCUGUCUUGGUUCUGUGACUUUGGGGGCAGUUCCUCUCUGAGCCCUGGUUUCCUCUUCAAUAGAAUGGAUCUAAUGCCCUCCUUGUGUUUGCUGUGAGGCACACACAAAGUAAUAUGGGUAGAGUGCUUGCACAGGCUCCACAAAUGGUAGUUGCUCCUGUUAUGAAGGGUUGAUGACCUCUGAAAGAGGACACAUUGUGGAGAAAGGAUGGCACCUAGAGCACAAAGAGUUGUUUUGGGUGUAGGAGUGAAAAGGGAAAACUCGCGGAGACUCAUGAAAAAGAUGAGAGGAUGUCUGCUGUAAAGUAAAGAUGAAGAGACCUGAGAAACUUGCUGGCUGAUCCCUUAUGUCUUUGUAGGUAGGGGGCAAAAAUCUGCGGAAAGCUUCCUUAGACAUUCAGAAUCCAGAAACUGAACAGGCGUGCCCUUCAGUACCUCUUAGUUCCUCGUCUCCCCUUCUUCCAGGCCCUGGUCCUGGGAUUGUCCUAGGGUAUUUAAACACAUGUUGUUUCAGGAGUCAGUGACCUUCGAGGACGUAGCCAUCUACUUCUCUGAGAAUGAAUGGACCGGCCUGGCCCCUGCUCAGAGGUCCCUGUACAGGGAUGUGAUGCUGGAGAAUUAUGGGGCCGUGUCUUCCCUGGCAUUUCCAUUUCCCAAACCGGCUCUGAUUUCCCAGCUGGAGCGAGGGGAAGCACCCUGGUGCUCGGCUCCUCAGGGAGUUCUGGAUGGAGAGGGCCCGAGGGGCAUCUCCUCAGGAUAUCCGUUUCUAAAGCCUGCUGGGGUCUCCCAUCUUGAGCAGGUGGAAGAGCCAUUGAACCUGAAACUGCAAGGAGAGGGUCCAAGCCUAAUUUGUACUGAGGGUGUGUUGAAGAUUGAGAAGGAAGAUUUUAUUCUGAAGGAGGAAACUUUUGAGGAGGCACAGGAGCACAUGGUGCUAUCAAGUGGAUCCCACUGGUGUGGCUCCAAGAAAUUCUGGUUUGGAAAGACCUGGGAAGAGGAGAAAAGCAGAUUAGGGAGAUGGCCUGACUACCCCAGUGGAGGAAGUGUGGAGAACACUACAAAUGAUAUUAUAGAAGUCAUUGUCAAAGAUGAGAUGAUCUCAGUGGAAGAGUGUUCAGAGAAUACUGAUGUUAAUACUCACCUUGUUAUACAUCAGAAAAUUCUAAGUGAGCAGGUAUUCUAUACAUGUGAAGAAUGUGGCAAGUGUUUUGAUCAAAAUGAAGACUUUGAUGAACAUCAGAGAAUUCAUAAUGGAGAGAAGGUCUAUGGAUGUAAGGAAUGUGGGAAGACUUUCAGUUUUAGAUCACAUUGCAUUGCACAUCAGAGAAUUCACAGUGGGGUGAAACCCUAUGUGUGUCAAGAAUGUGCUAAAGCCUUCGUUUGGAAGUCAAAUCUCAUUCGGCACCAGAGAAUACAUACUGGAGAGAAACCCUUUGAAUGUAAGGAAUGUGGGAAGGGCUUUAGUCAGAACACAAGCCUUACACAACAUCAGCGAAUCCACACUGGGGAGAAACCAUAUACAUGUAAGGAAUGUGGGAAAAGCUUUACUCGGAACCCAGCCCUUCUUCGACAUCAGAGAAUCCACACGGGGGAGAAACCUUAUGAAUGUAAAGACUGUGGGAAAGGCUUCAUGUGGAACUCAGAUCUUGCUCAGCACCAGAGGGUCCACACUGGGGAGAAGCCUCAUGAAUGUACUGACUGUGGGAAAAGCUUCAUUUGCAAGGCACACCUUAUCCGACAUCAGAGAAUCCAUACUGGGGAAAGACCCUAUAAAUGUAAUGACUGUGGGAAGGCCUUCAGUCAGAAUUCUGUUUUGAUUAAGCACCAGAGGCGCCAUUCUAGAGAGAAACCCUAUAAUUGUCAGACCUCUCACCUUGAACAUUAGAGAAUGCAUAAGGGUGACACUUGUUUAUAGUUCUUAUGCUACAGGAACCCCAGAGACAAAAUGAGAUGACUGUCCACAAUUUUCUGUACCUCAAAUAGACAGUAUUUUCUUGCCCCUUCUCCUGAACAGAUACCCUGUACUCUAGCAAGACUGGUUCCCUAGUUCAACCAUGUUUAUACUAGGCAACAUUUAGUUGAGCAGCUACUCUGUGUCAGGUACUGUGCUAACCACUUGACAUACAUUCUUUAAUUUUUCUUAAUCAUAUUAAGGUAGGUACUCUUAUCCCCAUUUUACAAAUGAGAAAUCUAAGGUUGGAAGGGUUAUAAAACUCAUUCAAGUUUGCUCAGCUAGUCAGUUAUAGAUUGGAACCAGGCCUAUCUGACUCCAGAUCCUACUGUUCUUUAUUUGCGCACGUUUCUGCUUCUACCCAUUUUUAGUUGCUCAAGUUUCCCUAGCCAAAAGUUUCCCUUCCUUAUCUAAGACCCAGUUCCUUCAACUAGCAGGCCUCUCCUCCUUUUCUACUUGUAAUCAGUACCACCCAACUUGGUAUUUAAUUAUGUGCUAUCUUAUAUUUUUCUAAUUGUCUUAUGUCUGUUAGUCCAACUAAAUGGCUCCAUCUGAAUGGCUCUUUGAGGACCCAACACUGCAUUUCUUUCAUGUUUUUCAAAUGUUGAAAAUUAUUUAUUUUUGAUUAGAUAUAACAUGCUUAUGAUAAAAACAUUGAAAUAGUUCAAAAAGGUGUUCAGUGAAAAGUAAAUAUCCUUGUCACUCCUGUCUUCUGCUCUUCCUGCUCAGAGACAAUCAUUGUUACUAGUUGUAUAUCUUUCUGGAUAUAUUCUUUCUAUACAUAAACAAGUAUUUAUUAAUGCUGCUUUCAUAAGUCUACCUCACUGAAAACUGUUAUUUGAUGUAGAUGAUGUUACAGUUAUGUUGUCAACUCCAGGACCUCUUCUUCCUCAGAAGUUGUGGUCCUCCUGAGAUCACCAAGGUAACUUAAGGAAAGCAGUGGAGGGUAAUCUGGGUUGUGCAAUCUUAAGACCUGAUUGCAUAUGUGUUAUAACAUAGUACUUUGAGACUGGGAAAAUGUAAAGCAAGUGGGAGACUUUUUCAUAAAAAUUUGAGUAACUCCACCCCCUUUCGUUGUACCACUAUCCUAAAUCCUCUCCCAGUCUACCCCCUUCUCAUCACCAUAAUAGCCCAAAUCCAAAGUAAGCUGUGGGGCCAUCACCAGGGAAGGGAGACAUGGUCACUCUCUGAUAAUGGUUAAUGCUUUGUUAGGUAGACUCAGCCAGUUAGUGGUGGAAAUAUAAUCCAGUAUUUUGGCAUCAGAGUCACAGAUGCCCUCCCUAGGUCCAGGAUCAAAGAUAAAACAAACGUUAGUAACACAGGUUCUACACAGUGAGGAAGGAGAAAGUGAAGAAUUCCAAAAUUAACUAACUCAACGUGAAAUAAGGAGUCUAUAAAAUAAAAUGUUAAGGAGCUGGCCUGGUGGCAUAGUGGUCAAGUUCGC